UGUAAUCAUUUAGGUAACCUAGUAUAGUUAUUUUGACGGUGUCAUUAUUAUUUAUGCAAGAUGAACUCCUUUGUUUGUGCUUUGACUUUGAGGUAUUAUUCAUUUGUUGACAAAAGAAACUUAAAAUUUUCUGAGUGAAAUUAUUCAAUCUCAAACUGUUGUAAUUCGAGUUUGCCGUGUGAGGUAUUUCCUCUCUUUGUUAGGGAGUAGUCAAGAGAAGACUAGAUUGGAAUUAGUUUUAUAGGUGAAGAGAGUGUCUUUAGUUGGAAAUGGAAAUUAAGAAGGAUUUUUAAGCAUUUAACACAUCAUAUGAUGGAUCAUAAUCAAGUUUAUGAUUCCCACUGGAAGCAAUAUUGUUUACUGGGAAAUGACACAGUUGAAUUUGUAAUGAGGUCAAGGACACGCAUCUUGAAUUAACUCGUUAAGUUUGGCUAUUACCAGUUAAAUAUGUUCGCUAAGAAUUAAUUGGAAGUUGUUAGGGAAGUAAUAGAGUCGUAUGAAGCAAUAGAGCCUCGAUGAGAUGGGUUUGCGCUGGAUCCUGGUGAGGUUAGAGUGUUCAUGAUAUCGGAUUCGGGGACCUUUAUGUAUAGUAAUGCUUGAGAGCUUGGACUUAGGAGAAUUUGAAAGCUUGGAGCAUACAAUUACGUUAAAACUGAUAUUUAUAGGUAAAAAAGUUAAGACAUCAUCCAAUAGAAAAGCUCCACUUGAGCACUAAAGUACUAUGCCCAAUAGCCGAUUCCACGUGGAAAUACCGUUGGCUGUGCCAACUAUUAUCCCUCUGCAGCUGGAUAAUGUACAAACAUAUCUGGUGUAUCUGUCCUUUUUCCAAGUCAUCAUGACACGAGUUCCCAUUUUCUUUUCCAAUGGUGCUCAUUUUAUGGUCUCGGUAACAAGUCGAGGUUUGAGCUUCACCAAACACAUCUCUAGACCAACCAUUCCAUUAAAAAGCCUUCGUGAACAUCAUUUUUACAUCAAAUGUGUUCACUCCUCGUCCUGCGACGUGCACAAGCUAUUCUUUUACCCAAUACAAAUAUGUGUCGUGGUUAAAUUAUCAGGCAUUAGGAUCAGUUCAGAGUACCAAACUGGAAAAUUUUGGUGACAUAUGGAGCCAAAGGCGGAUUUACCUAUAUGGUUACAGGUUCGGCAUGGCCCAGUAACUUUAACCCAGACCUUGUAUUUGUGCUAAAAAGAAUAUAAUUGAUAUGCUAUCUGUCCAUAAUUCACAAGCAAAAAAGGGUGUGUUAAAAAGUGAGAAUCUAAGAAAGUGUACAAGACGCAUUAAUCAUGAGAUCUUCUUCUCAUAUGCUUAUUGUUAAGUUGCAUUAAUAAUUAAAAUGCUAAUGAGCUAUCAGUAGCUUUCGACAGCAGACUCCAUUACAAAGCAUUUACGGCUCAAAAUUUCAUGGGUGCACUCUAUACUCCCCCUUUAAAGUUGCGGUCUGUGAUUUGGACGUAAUAUUCAUUCUCGUUAUCUAGUUUUGAUUAUUAUUAUUAUCAUCAUUAUUAAACUUAUUUCAACAUUGAAUCAUGUUAUUUAGCAGAUAAUUCUUUCAAUCUUCUUUCAUAAUACUGAACGCGUGUAUGGUAACUGAUAUUGUCCUGCCAUUUUACUUUGUCAUGUUCAGUUAUGCAUAUUUUCAUAUAUUAGACUAGAAUAAACAUCUUUUUUUUUUUUGAGUAAGAAGUUAACUGUUCUACUUUUUUAAGUGGACAGUGUGUUGCAGAUGCUUGUGGGUUAGUAAUUUUAAAUUCUCCCUGAGCUGAAAACGUGUUGUUAUUGCCUUGAUUUGAAAUCUAAUAUUUACUUGCAAGAACAAGAAAAUAAUUGAUGAAUUGUUGGUUGUAAGAAACAAAAUACUAUGGUUAGAGUGGCUUUUUAUUAAUAUAAAUAAAUGGGAGAGAGUUCAAAAUCCCAAUCUGAAAUUUGUUUUUGACUCGAGCAGUUAGCAGAAAUGUUCUUUCUACUUUUGUUUCUUGAUGUAGAGGAUACUUGGAAAUGCUGCAAAUAUGCGCUGUCAAUAUUAUGUGCUGGAUCAACUUUUAUUUUUUGCUGUGGUACAUCUUGCUUUUAAAUGAGCACUUGAUCUUCUGAAGUAAUCAAACAAACGCUGACACUUGACUAUUGAUUCGACACCUAAUGGGAGCUGGGGAAGAGAGCACCCCUGCAAAGCCUUCGAAAGUUACUUCGACUCAGGAAACACAAGCAACACCUUCAUAUCCUGAUUGGUCUUCUAUGCAGGCUUAUUAUGGUGCUGGAGCUACACCUCCCUUCUUUCCCUCAACUGUUGGUUCUCCCACUCCCCACCCGUACAUGUGGGGAGCCCAGCAUCCGCUUAUGCCUCCUUAUGGAGCCCCAGUCCCAUAUCCUGCUUUAUAUCCUCCUGCUGGAGUUUAUGCUCAUCCUAAUAUGCCUAUGACUCCAAACACACUGCAGGCAAAUCCAGAAUCAGAUAGUAAGGCACCAGAUGGUAAGGACCAGAAUACAAGCAAAAAAUUGAAGGGAUGUUCAGGUGGCAAGGCAGGAGAAAGUGGGAAAGCGGCCUCAGGUUCUGGAAAUGAUGGUGGUGCCACAAGAAGUGCUGAAAGCGGAAGUGAAGGUUCAUCAGACGAAAAUGAUGAAAAUGAUAACCAUGAAUUUUCUGCUGACAAAAAUAGAAGCUUUGAUCUAAUGCUUGCUAAUGGAGCCAAUGCUCAGACCAAUCCUGCAACAGGGAAUCCAGUCGCUAUGCCCGCACCUAAUCUGAAUAUUGGGAUGGAUUUGUGGAACGCACCUUCUGGCGGUCCCGGAAUGAUCAAAAUGCGAUCAAAUCAAUCUGGUGUCUCGCCAGCUCCUGGGAUGGGACGUGAAUGGAUUCAGGAUGAACGUGAACUUAAAAGGCAAAAGAGAAAGCAGUCUAAUAGAGAAUCAGCUCGGAGGUCGAGAUUACGCAAGCAGGCUGAGUGUGAAGAGCUACAACAUAAGGUAGAGACAUUGAGCAAUGAGAAUCAUGGACUCAAAGAGGAGUUGCGAAAGGUCUCUGAGGAAUGUGAGAAGCUUACCUCGGAGAAUAAUUCAAUAAAGGAUGAGUUGACGAGGUUGUAUGGGCCAGAGGCUGUGUCCAAGCUAGAGAGUAAUGCCAACGCCAUGCGUCUUCAGUCCAAUGUUGAGGAAGCUAAGAGUUGAGGACAAGCCAUGACAGAGUAACUUAUUUUGGUUAAAAUGCUCAAAAAUCUCUUACUGCCCGUGGGAAAUCUAUAGCUUUUACCGUGCGUUAGAAGUAGAAAUCUCUGCUUUUCUACUAAUUUAUGUCCUUUUUAACCCUUUUGAGUGAAAUUUAUAACAUUAAUUCUUGGAUUUUUAACCCAGGUUUGAAUCUUAAUCUAUGACAACAACUGAAUAGCUUGAUCUUAGACCAUUUAGUUUUCUGGUGACUUAGAUUGUAUUCUAUCUUUGCUUAGUUUGUUAUGUUUUCAAAAGUUGGGAAAUAUUUUGCAUCCAAAAUAUCUCCUUGUUGGCCAAUUGUACUGAGGACUUUAUGGAUUUCUUUUUUGGAAGACAAGGAAUGAGUGGAAACUAUUGUUGAUAUUG